CUGAGGGGGGAGGGAGGUGCUGAGUCGCGUCCUGCCUUGCUCGGCUUCCGCGAGCCGCCGAGAGCCGUGCCCUGCGCUCCGCUGCGGCGCAGGGUUGACACCGGAGCGAGCGCGGGCCCCAGCCGUUGGCACCGGCGGGGCGCGGCGGACCCCGGCCCUAGGAGGAGGACCAGGAGGGCGCGGAGGCGCUCGUGUCCCCAUCGACCAGCCGGGGUCCUGGCCACUGCGCGCGGCACGUGCGGCGACCCGCCCUGUGCGCCAUGCGCCGGCCGCGGCUCCCCAGCGCCGCCCUUUAGCGCCGCGGCGGCCGAGCGACCCCGGGCCGGCCCCGCGGGCCCCUCGGGCAUGGAGCCGCACGUGCUCGGCGCCGUCCUCUACUGGCUGCUGCUGCCCUUCGCGCUCCUGGCUGCCUGCCUCUUCCGCGUCAACGCGCUCUCGCUGGUCUACCUGCUCUUUCUGUUGCUGCUGCCCUGGUUCCCGGGCCCCUCCCGGCACAGCAUCCAAGGUCACACUGGCCGCCUCCUCCGAGUCCUGCUGGGCUUCAGCCUCCUCUUCCUGGCAGCCCACCUCACCUUCCAGAUAUGCCUGCAUACCAUGCCCCACCUGGACCAGCUUCUGGGGCCGAGCUGCAGCACCUGGGACACCAUCUCCCGACACAUAGGGGUCACGAGGCUGGACCUGAAGGACGUGCCCAGCGCCAUCCGCCUGGUGGCCCCCGACCUGGGUGUCCUGGCGGCCUCCUCCUUGUGCCUUGGCGUCUGCAGGCGCCGCACGCAGAUGGCCCGGCGGAGCCAGCGCGCCCAGGAGCUGCAGGACGAUGAUGAUGGGGAUGUGGACGCCGGCUCCCUGGUGGGGCUGCAGGAAGCCCCUGCACUGCCCCGCAAGCGGAGAUCGUGGCUGGCCGCCCGGUUCCGGAUCACAGCCCACUGGCUGCUGGUGGCCGCUGGGCGGACUCUGGCCGUAGUGCUGCUCGCGCUGGCAGGCAUCGCCCACCCCUCAGCCUUCUCCAGUGUCUACUUCCUGCUCUUCCUGACCAUCUGCACCUGGUGGGCCUGCCACUUUCCCAUCAGCCCCCUGGGCUUCAGUGCACUCUGUGUCAUGGUGGGCUGCUUUGGCACCGGCCAUCUCCUCUGCCUCUACUGCUACCAGACGCCCCUCGCCCAGUCCAUGCUCCCACCUGCCAGCAUCUGGGCCAGGGUGUUCGGUCUCAAGGACUUCGUGGCCCCCGCCAACUGCUCCAGCCCCAACGUGCUGGUCCUCAACACCAGCCACGACUGGCCCGUCUACGUGAGCCCCGGCAUCUUGCUGCUCCUCUGCUACACCGUGACCGCGCUCCUGAAGCUCCGAGUGCGCCAGCCUGCGGACUGGGGGAAGGAGGCGGCCGGGGACGACGAGGAGCGAGAGGUGGAGCUGACCGAGGUGGACCGCUGGCCCCAGGGUCAGGCCAGGGCUGCAGCCACCAAGGAGGAGGAGGCCACCCAGCACACGAUGCCCGUGCCCGUGCCGCCGGACCCUGAGGACAACUGCAUCGUGCACGACCUCACGGGCCACAGCGCUGUCCAGCAGCGGCCCUCGCACCCCAGGCUGACUGGGCUUAAGGAGACGUCUCCGUUGCACGGCCUGGGCCACCUCAUCAUGGACCAGAGCUACGUCUGUGCCCUCAUUGCCAUGAUGGUGUGGAGCAUCACGUAUCACAGCUGGCUGACCUUCGUGCUGCUGCUCUGGGCCUGUCUCAUCUGGACCGUACGCAGCCGCCACCAGAUGGCCAUGCUCUGCUCGCCGUUCAUCCUGCUCUACGGGCUGGCGCUCUGCACCCUGCGCUACGUGUGGGCCAUGGACCUGCAGCCCGAGCUGCCCACCGCCCUGGGCCCCGUCAGCCUGCGCCAGCUGGGGCUGGAGCACACCCGCUACCCCUGCCUGGACCUGGGCGCCAUGCUGCUGUGCACCCUGACCUUCUGGCUCCUGCUGCGCCAGUUUGUGAAGGAGAAGCUGCUGAAGAGGGUGCGGGACCCCGUGGCGCUGAUGGAGGUCACCGUGGCCGCCACAGAGCCCGUGCGGACGCGGACGCUGCUGCGGAGCCUGGGGGAGCUGGUCAGGGGCGUGUACGCCAAGUACUGGGUCUACGUGUGCGCCGGCAUGUUCGUCGUGGUCAGCUUCGCCGGCCGCCUUGUCGUGUACAAGAUCGUCUACAUGCUCCUCUUCCUGCUCUGCCUCACCCUCUUCCAGGUCUACUACAGCCUGUGGCGGAAGCUGCUCAAGGCAUUCUGGUGGCUGGUGGUGGCCUACACCAUGCUGGUGCUGGUGGCCGUCUACACCUUCCAGUUCCAGGACUUCCCCGCCUACUGGCGCAACCUGACCGGCCUCACGGAUGAGCAGCUGGGGGACCUGGGCCUGGAGCAGUUCAGCGUGUCCGAGCUCUUCUCCAGCAUCCUGGUGCCUGGCUUCUUCCUGCUCGCCUGCAUCCUGCAGCUGCACUACUUCCACAGGCCCUUCAUGCAGCUCACCGACCCCGAGCACCGCCCCCCGCCCAGCGCCCGCACCCUGCGCGGGGCUCACAGGCAGGACACGGUGAGCGGGACCCCCCUGCUGCAGCAAGAGGAAGAGGAGGCGGCACCCAGAGACGAGGGGCUGGGCGUGGCCGGCCCCCACCAGGCCAUACAGGUCCCGGAGGCCAGCAAGUGGGGCCUGGUGGCGGAGCGGCUACUGGACCUGGCCGCCGGCUUCUCGGACGGCCUCACCCGCACGCAAGUGCUCACACGGCGCCUGCUGGAGCUGCACGUCUUUAAGCUAGUGGCCCUGUACACCGUGUGGGUGGCCCUGGAGGAGGUGUCGGUGCUGAACUUCCUGCUGGUCGUGCUCUGGGCCUUCGCCCUGCCCUACCCCCGCUUCCGGCCCAUGGCCUCCUGCCUGGCCACCGUGUGGACCUGUGUCAUCAUCGUGUGCAAGAUGCUGUACCAGCUGAAGGUCGUCAGCCCCCACGAGUACGCCAGCAACUGCACCGAGCCCUUUCCCAACAGCACGAACCUGCAGAAGACGGAGAUCCACGAGUCCUUGCUGUACCGGGGACCCAUCGACCCCGCCAACUGGUUUGGGGUGCGGAAGGGCUUCCCGAACCUGGGCUACAUCCAAAACCACCUGCAGAUCCUGCUGCUGCUGGUGUUCGAGGCCGUGGUGUACCGGUGCCAGGACUACCACCGCCGCCGGCACCAGCUGGCCCCGCUGCCGGCCCAGGCCGUCUGCGCCGACGGCACCCGCCAGCGGCUGGACCGCGACCUGCCCAGCUGCCUCAAGUACUUCGUCAACUUCUUCUUCUACAAAUUUGGGCUGGAGAUCUGCUUCCUGAUGGCCGUGAACGUGAUCGGGCAGCGCAUGAACUUCAUGGUCAUCCUGCACGGCUGCUGGCUGGUGGCCAUCCUCACCCGCCGGCGCCGUGAGGCCAUCGCCCGCCUCUGGCCCAACUACUGCCUCUUCCUGGCGCUCUUCCUGCUCUACCAGUACCUGCUGUGCCUGGGCAUCCCCCCCGCCCUGUGCAUCGACUACCCGUGGCGCUGGAGCCGGGCUGUCCCCGUGAACUCUGCCCUGAUCCGGUGGCUCUACCUGCCUGACUUCUUCAGUGCCCCCAACGCCACCAACCUCAUCAGUGACGUCCUCCUGCUGCUCUGCGCCGCCCAGCAGCGGCAGGUGUUCCUGGCCGAGCGCACGGAGGAGUGGCAGCUCAUGGCAGGCGUUAACACUGACCGCCUGGAGCCGCUGCAGGGGGAGCCCAACCCCGUGCCCAACUUCAUCCACUGCAGGUCCUACCUCGACACGCUGAAGGUGGCCGUCUUCCGCUACCUCUUCUGGCUGGUGCUGGUGGUGGUGUUCGUCACGGGCGCCACGCGCGUCAGCAUCUUCGGGCUGGGCUACCUGCUGGCCUGCUUCUACCUGCUGCUGUUUGGCACCAGCCUGCAGCAGAAGGACACGCGCGCCCGCCUCGUGCUGUGGGACUGCCUCAUUCUCUACAACGUCACCGUCAUCGUCUCCAAGAACAUGCUCUCGCUGCUGUCCUGCGUCUUCGUGGAGCAGAUGCAGAGCAGCUUCUGCUGGGUCAUCCAGCUCUUCAGCCUCGUGUGCACGGUCAAAGGCUACUACAACCCCAAGGAGAUGCUGGGCCGCGACCAGGACUGCCUGCUGCCGGUGGAGGAGGCGGGCGUCCUGUGGGACAGCGUCUGCUUCCUGUUCCUGCUGCUGCAGCGCCGCGUCUUCCUCAGCUACUACUUCUUGCACGUCCGGGCCGAGCUCCGCGCCACUGCCCUGCAGGCCUCCAGGGGCUUUGCCCUCUACAACGCUGCCAACCUCAAGACCAUCGAGCUCCACCGCAGGGCGGAGGAGAAGUCGCUGGCCCAGCUAAAAAGACAGAUGGAGCGCAUCCGGGCCAAGCAGGAGAAGCACAGGCAGGGCCGGGCCGGCCGUGGCCACCUUCAGGGCUCCCUGGACCCCAGCCAGGAGCCAGGGCCCGGCAGUCCAGGGGGCUCCUCCUCGCCACGGCCACAGUGGUGGCGGCCCUGGCUGGACCACGCCACAGUCGUCCACUCCGGGGACUACUUCCUGUUCGAGUCCGACAGCGAGGAGGAGGAGGAGGCCCAGCCUGAGGACCCCCGGCCGUCAGCACAGAGUGCCUUCCAGAUGGCGUACCAGGUGUGGGUGACCAACGCCCAGACGGUGCUGCACCAGCAGCGGCGGGAGCGGGCAGAGCAGCUGCCCACAGGAGGCGACCCAGGCCAGGAGGCAGAGCUGGCGGAGGGCUUGGAGGAUGAGGUGGCCGGUGAGUUGGCCCGAGGGCUAGGGGCCGGGGGGCUGGGGGUCUCCCAGCAGGCAGGCGUCCCUCCAGCGCCCUCCCGCCCCGCCCCCGCCGCAGGCCGCAGCCACGUGAUGCAGCGCGCGCUGAGCGCCAUGCAGCUCCUGUGGGUGCUGGGCCAGGCGCUGGCGGACGGGCUGCUGCGCUGGCUGCACGACUUCACGCGGCACCACCGCGCCACGAGCGACGUGCUGCGCGCGGAACGCUACCUGCUCACGCAGGAGCUGCUGCGGGGUGGAGAGGUGCGGCGGGACGUGCUGGACCAGCUGUACGCCAGCGAAGCUGAAAUGAUCCGUGAUGCGCUGAGCACACCAUCGAGCGGGCUGGGGGCGGAGGAGCCACUGAGCAGCGUGACCGAGGACAUCAGCAGCCCCCUGAGCACCAGCUACGACACCCACAGCAGCAGCGAGGAGAUGGUCGCCGAGCCCGGGGCUUCGCUGCACGGCUCCCGGGAGCUUCCCGCCGGCGGCCGCGCCAGAACGCGCACAGCCAGUGAGCUGCUCCUGGACAGGUGCCUGCACAUCCCGGAGCUGGAGGAAGCUGAGCGGUUCGCGGCAGGGCAGGGCCGCGCGCUGCGGCUGCUGGAGGCCGUGUACCAGUGCGUGGCCGCCCACUCGGAGCUGCUCUGCUACUUCGUCAUCGUCCUCAACCACAUGGUCACCGCCUCGACCGCCUCCCUGGUGCUGCCCGUGCUGGUCUUCCUGUGGGCCACGCUGUCCAUCCCACGGCCCAGCAAGCGCUUCUGGAUGACAGCCAUUGUUUUCACCGAGGUCACAGUGGUCGCCAAGUACCUGUUCCAGUUUGGCUUCUUCCCCUGGAACAGCCACGCCGUGCUGCGGCGCUACGAAAACAAGCCCUACUUCCCGCCACGCAUCCUGGGCCUGGAGAAGAGCGACAGCUACGUCAAGUACGACCUGCUGCAGCUCAUGGUGCUCUUCUUCCACCGCGCCCAGCUGCUGUGCUACGGCCUCUGGGACCACGACGAGGACCCUCUCUUGAAGGAGCGUGACAGGGGUGGUGGGAAGGACAAGGGGGCUGAGGAGGAGCCGGCCCUGCUGGGACCCCACGGGGAGCCAGGGGCGGCCAGGGCCCCCACUGAGGACGACAUCCCGGUGGAAGCAAAGGACUCGCCCCCAGAGCCCCGUGACGAGAGGCGCGUCAGCCUGCAUCUCAGGAGGAGGAGGAAGGAGAGCACAGAACCCAGAGGACGGGCAGCCACUGGCUCUCUCAGCAGCGGCUGCUCCCCCACAGAAGGUGAGGACGGCAAGGAGGUGGGAGCGGAGGCGGCGGCUGCAGAGAGCGAGAAGAGGCGGAGCCGGCCCCGCGAAAGAGUGAGGGCCCUGGGGCUCCGGCUGCAGAGCUUUUGCCUGUCUCUGGCCCGGAGCACGUACUGGCCGGUGCGGCGCUUCUUCCACGACAUCCUGCACACUCAGUACCGGGCGGCCACCGACGUCUACGCCCUCAUGUUCCUGGCCGACGUCGUCGACUUCGUCAUCAUCAUCUUCGGAUUCUGGGCCUUUGGGAAGCACUCGGCGGCCACAGACAUCACGUCCUCCCUGUCGGACGACCAGGUGCCGGAGGCCUUCCUGGUCAUGUUGCUGAUCCAGUUCGGCACCAUGGUCGUGGACCGCGCCCUCUACCUGCGCAAGGCCGUGCUGGGCAAGCUGGCCUUCCAGGUCGUCCUGGUGCUGGCCGUGCACCUCUGGAUGUUCUUCAUCCUGCCCGCUGUCACCGAGCGGAUGUUCAGCCAGAACGCGGUGGCCCAGCUGUGGUACUUCGUCAAAUGCAUCUACUUCGCCCUGUCUGCCUACCAGAUCCGCUGCGGCUACCCCACCCGCAUCCUCGGCAACUUCCUCACCAAGAAGUACAACCACCUGAACCUCUUCCUCUUCCAGGGGUUCCGGCUGGUGCCGUUCCUGGUGGAGCUGCGGGCUGUGAUGGACUGGGUGUGGACGGACACCACGCUGUCCCUGUCCAACUGGAUGUGCGUGGAGGACAUCUAUGCCAACAUCUUCAUCAUCAAGUGCAGCCGAGAGACAGAAAAGCGAUACCCACAGCCCAAGGGGCAGAAGAAGAAGAAGAUCGUCAAGUACGGCAUGGGCGGCCUCAUCAUCCUGUUCCUCGUGGCCAUCAUCUGGUUCCCGCUGCUCUUCAUGUCCCUCGUGCGGUCCGUGGUCGGCGUCGUCAACCAGCCCACUGACGUCACCGUCACCCUCAAGCUGGGUGGCUACGAGCCCCUGUUCACCAUGAGCGCCCAGCAGCCGUCCAUCGUGCCCUUCACGCACCAGGCCUACGAGGAGCUGUCCAAGCAGUUUGACCCUCACCCGCUGGCCAUGCAGUUCAUCAGCCAGUAUGGCCCCGAGGACAUCGUCACGGCGCAGAUCGAGGGGAGCUCCGGGGCGCUUUGGCGCAUCAGCCCGCCAAGCCGGGCGCAGAUGAAACGGGAGCUGUAUAACGGCACCGCCGACAUCACUCUGCGCUUCACCUGGAACUUCCAGAGGGACCUGGCCAAGGGCGGCACGGUGGAGUACACCAACGAGAAGCACACCCUGGGCCUGGCCCCCAACAGCACCGCCCGGAGGCAGCUGGCCAGCCUGCUGGAGGGCACCUCGGACCAGUCCGUGGUCAUCCCCCACCUCUUCCCCAAGUACAUCCGUGCCCCCAACGGGCCUGAAGCCAACCCCGUGAAGCAGCUGCAGCCCAACGAGGAGGCCGAUUACCUCGGCGUGCGCGUCCAGCUGCGCAGGGAGCGAGUGGGCUCGGGGGCAGCCGGCCUCCUCGAGUGGUGGGUCAUCGAGCUGCAGGACUGCCAGGCUGACUGCAACCUGCUGCCCAUGGUCAUCUUCAGCGACAAGGUCAGCCCGCCCAGCCUGGGCUUCCUGGCCGGCUACGGCAUCAUGGGGCUGUACGUGUCCAUCGUGCUGGUCAUCGGCAAGUUCGUGCGCGGCUUCUUCAGCGAGAUCUCGCACUCCAUCAUGUUUGAGGAGCUGCCGUGCGUGGACCGCAUCCUCAAGCUCUGCCAGGACAUCUUCCUGGUGCGGGAGACGCGGGAGCUGGAGCUGGAGGAGGAGCUGUACGCCAAACUCAUCUUCCUGUACCGCUCGCCUGAGACCAUGAUCAAGUGGACGCGCGACAAGGACUAGGGCCGCUGGCGGCGGGGGCGGAGCCUCAUCCCAGCCCCCGGGCCCUGAUGCCGCUGUCACCGGAAGCUGCGGCCCCCAGCCCGGCACAGCACUGCUGUCUCUUCCCGCCCUCCCUGCAGGGCCCGGCGGCCCGGCGCCCCCUCCCCACUCGUACUGUAGAGUUUUCUAAUUAAAACCUUUUUAUUUAUACAGA